AUGGAUGACGCCGGCGCGACACGCCCCACAUGGCAGCAAACGGUGGCGACAACUCGACGGCGAGUCGUCGCUCGUCGCUGGCGGCGCGAAACGCUUCUCGCGACGCGGCUCACUCACGCGCGACCCCGCCGCCUUCUCCAUCCGUUACUCGCGCUCCCCGCCGUUUUCCUUCUCCUCCUCGCGUCGCCGCGCGCGCUCGUGCGAUCCCGCGUUGUGCUAUCCGGGGACGCCAACCUCCGCCUGCCCGCGACCGCUGCCGCGAGAGGCGCGGCGAGUGGCGCAGGCAGAGCGGACGCGGCGGCAUGGCCGUCCACCCGCGAGGGAGCCCUCCCAGGGAAACUAUUCAGUUCCGCCACCACCUUAGGCUCGGAUUCGGAUUCGGCUAUAGAAUUAGGCUCGGCGGCUUCCAGGCGGGUUGCCUCGCGCGCGCCGUGGGCGGCGGCGAUCGCGAAGUCGCUGACGCGGAGAGGGCGGGAAGACGGGGAAGGGGGGACGUCGCGCGCGGGGCGGAAGCGAGAAGCAGUUGCGGGGACGGCAGGGCCCAUCGUGCUGCCCCUGCAGCGGCAGGUGCGCCGAGCGCACUCGCGGGAGCGGAAGACGGGCGGGGGCGAGCGUUCGGGGGCAGAGGAGGCGCCGCGAGCGGGGGGAGGCGGAGAGGGAGGAACGCGGAGGCGGCAGUUGCGGGGACUGCCGCUUGAGCUGCGGGGGUCCGUUCUGGAGCUGGGGUACUACUACGUGACGCUGUACCUGGGGUGGCCGCCACAGCGGUUCGCGCUGAUAGCGGACACGGGCAGCAGCAUCACCUACGUGCCCUGCGCUGCCUGCACGCACUGCGGUAACCACCAGGUGCGACGCGGUAACCACCAGGUGCGAUGCGGUAACUAUCAGUUGGAGGAGAGGAGUUUGUGUGGGCACUGGUGGGCGCGCAGCACUGGUGGGCGCGCAGCACUGGUGGGCGCGCAGCACUGGUGGGCGCGCAGCACUGGUGGCGCUGCAAGGUGGUGCAUGAACCCAUCCACCGACCCCACUCCAUACCCAACCUGCCUCUCUGCUCCCGCCCACCCUCCCCCACUCUCACCUUCCCUCUCCCCCUUUCCUCUCUCGCCCCUCGCUCUCCCAACCUGUCCUUUCUCGCCCUUCCAACCCGUGGCAACCCCCUCGGCCCGACCAGGAUCCGCGGUUCAACCCGGCGCUCUCAGCGUCGUACGCCACCAUCCCCUGUGCGCACCCCCGCUGCCUCACACAUGCCUGCUCGCCCACGGGGCUGUGCACCCCCACGUGCCAGCAGCGGGGGUGCACGAGGCGCGCUCACCUUCCCUGCCUACACCUCCUGCCGCCGCAGCUGCGCCUCUCAACGCCUCUCGGGCGUCGUCCUCCUCUCUGCCUGCGGCAGCAGCAGGGCGGGCGGGCGAGAGAGUGCUGCUGGCGGGCACAGCGGAGGUGGGGGUGGGCAGUGGAGAGGGCGGCGUGGGGGAAGCAUGGGUGGGUGAGGGGGCGGGGGGUGAAGGGGGAGGAGGCGAGGGAGAGGGCGGGUCACGGGUGGCAGAGCAGGCUGUACCGGAUGGCCCCCGACUCGUCUUCGGAAGAGCGUCCGCACCCACCUCGCCCACACAUGCCGUGUGUGGGAGAGCUUCCACCAGUCCCCAUGCUGCCAACCCCGUGUCCCCAUGCUGCCAACCCCGUGUCCCCAUGCUGCCAACCCCGUGUCCCCAUGCUGCCAACCCCGUGUCCCCAUGCUGCCAACCCCGUGUCCCCAUGCUGCCAACCCCGUGUCCCCACGCUGCCAACCCCGUGUCCCCAUGCUGCCAACCCCGUGUCCCCCUGUCCCCCACGUGUGGGGUGCACACGAGGGACCCCUUUGUGCCCCUGCUUCCCCUCGCAAAUGCACCCCCGUUCCCCCGCCGCGCUACCUGCAAGUCCCUGACGUUUUUGCGGCCCGCCUCCCACACCGUACGACCUUUGUCCUGCACCGUCCCCCCUGGCAGGUGUGAGCUGCAGGAGACGGGCGACCUGUACCUGCAGCGCGCGGACGGCAUCGUGGGGCUGGGGCGGGACGCGCUGUCGCUGCCCAACCAGCUCGUGCGCGCCGGGGUCAUGCACGACGACGUCUUCUCCCUCUGCUUCGCCGCCCCCGCUCGCCCCGCUCCUGCCCCCUCUGCUGCUGCUGAUGCUGCUGUUGAGCAUGCGGCUGAUGGGUCGAAUGCGAGCAGUCAUGGUGGCGGGCAGGGGGAGCAGGCAGGCACGGCGCAUGAGCAGGGGGGAGGGCAGGGCGAAGGGGGAGAGGAAGGGGGGAUUGUAGAUGCGGAGGGGGAGGGGGGCGAGCUGAUUCUGGGGCGCGCGGAGGAGCUGCCCGGCACCGUGUGGACGCCCCUGCUGCCCUCCGCCAGGUGGGUGCUGCUGCCCUCCGCCAGGUGGGUGCUGCUGCCCUCCGCCAGGUGGGUGCUGCUGCCCUCCGCCAGGUGGGUGCUGCUGCCCUCCGCCAGGUGGGUGCUGCUGCCCUCCGCCAGGUGGGUGCUGCUGCCCUCCGCCAGUGAGACGCCGUACUACAUAGUGAGUGUGGAGGAGAUGGUGGUGGGGCAGCAACGCGUGGCGGUGGCGGCAGCGGUGUGGGAGGAGGGGCCGUACGGGGGGGUGAUGCUGGACAGCGGCACCACCUUCUCCUAUCUGCCCUCCCCCGCCUUCCACGCCUUCCACGCCCUCGUCAGUGCCCUGCCCACCACAACUUCAUUCCCUGCCGCUCUCCACCUCACCCCCACUCCUGCUCUCACCCCCACUCCUGCUCUCACCCCCACUCCUGCUCUCACCCCCACUCCUGCUCUCACCCCCACUCCUGCUCUCACCCCCACUCCUGCUCUCACCCCCACUCCUGCUCUCACCCCCACUCCUGCUCUCACCCCCACUCCUGCUCUCACCCCCACUCCUGCUCUCACCCCCACUCCUGCUCUCACUGCUCUCAACCCCACUCCUGCUCUCACCCCCACUCCUGCUCUCACCCCCACUCCUGCUCUCACCCCCACUCCUGCUCUCACCCCCACUCCUGCUCUCACCCCCACUCCUGCUCUCACCCCCACUCCUGCUCUCACCCCCACUCCUGCUCUCACCCCCACUCCUGCUCUCACCCCCACUCCUGCUCUCAACCCCACUCCUGCUCUCACCCCCACUCCUGCUCUCACCCCCACUCCUGCUCUCACCCCCACUCCUGCUCUCACCCCAACUCCUGCUCUCACCCCCACUCCUGCUCUCACCCCCACUCCUGCUCUCACCCCCACUCCUGCUCUCACCCCCACUCCUGCUCUCACCCCCACUCCUGCUCUCACCCCCACUCCUGCUCUCACCCCCACUCCUGCUCUCACCCCCACUCCUGCUCUCACCCCCACUCCCCCCACUCCUGCUCUCACCCCCACUCCUGCUCUCACUCCCACCACCAUUCUGACUCACUCUCUCCACACGCACACUGCCUGCCACUAUGCGACAGGGUGUGCCAAUGCUCCAUGCUCCUGCCACCACUGCCUCACACCCACCCUCCCAUCUCUCUCGCCCCGCAUGCCGCCCUUGCCCUGCUGCAUCGCUGUGCCCAUCAGCGCGGGCGGCAUGAACCGGCUGUUCCCAUCGGCCACCGUAGUGUUUGGCAACGGAGCAGCGCUGCGCCUGCGGCCGCACAACUACCUCUUCAAGCACAAGAAGCAUGAGGACGCGGUGUGUCUGGGCGUGUUUGACAACGGCAGUGGAGGGGCGCUUAUCGGAGGAGUGGCGGUGAGGGGCAUGCGAGUGACGUAUGACAGGGAGCACCACCGCAUCGGCUUCGCCCCGCACAACUGCCCUCUGCGCCCCUCCCCUGCUGCUGCUGCCUCGUCGCCCUCCCUCGCCCACAGCCCCCAAGCCCCACCACUCGCAGGCUCUCCUUCCGCUGCUGCUCAUGCUCCUCCGCGCCCCUCCUCUGCGGAGGUUACUGCCGUGCCCGACCAGGGUGGCAGCCCAAGUAAUGAGCGCAGUGGCAGGGUGGGUACCGGCACUGCGAAAGCUGCCGGGAAGGCUGGAAUUGGGGUGGGGAGCAGCAGUGGAGGGGAGGAUGCAGAGGAGGGAGGGGAGGGGGACGAGCGAGUGGAGGGUAAUGGAGGGCGGGGCGAGGAUGAGGAGAAGGCGCAGGCGGUGGGUGGAGGACUGGAGGGGGCGGAGAUGAGAGGGGCAGCUGAUGCAAAGAGCACGGCUCUGGAAGGGGCGUGGGCGGGUAACGAGGAGCAGUGGUGGUGGGAUGCAGUGAGUCGCACUGUGUUGCUGGGAGGCGGGGCAGGCGGUGGUGGGGAGGGCAGGGCGGAGCUGGCGUCAUGGAAUGUGAGCGAGGAGUUGGAGGGCAGUGGGAAGGUGGAGGAGGAGGAGGUGGUGGGGGGGGAAGGGGAGCAUGAGGAAGAGGGUGAGGAGGAGAGUGAGGGGAGCGAAGGUGGAGGUGCUGGUGGCAGCAGUGAUGGUGGCAGCAGCGAUGGUGGCAGCAGCGAUGGUGGAACGGACGUAGUCCUUGCUGCAGCGCAGCAGCACCCGCUCACACGUGCCGGCCAGUGGUCGUCGUGCACGCACACCCCCGUGAGCAUCGUGAAGGAGGCUUCCAGGAAGUACACCACCAUCCGGUGGCGCUGCACAGGCAGGGGCGGGCAGCGCGUGCUGUGGGACGCGGAGGAGGCGGUGGGGGGCGCAGUGACGCCCGCGGGUGACAGCGAGGCAGACGGGGGAAUGGCGCACGGGAGGGCGGAGGGGGCGGGGCGAACAGGUGGAGACGGGGAUGGGGGCGAGCAGGAUGGUGUGGCGGCGUCAGGUGCAGGGGUGGAGGGGGGCGAGCAGAGGGGCGCAGCAGAGUGGAGCGGUGGGAGUGACGGGCAGCACAGCCAGAGCCACAGCCAGAGCCACAGCCAGAGCCACAGCCAGAGCCACAGCCAGAGCCACAGCCAGAGCCACAGCCAGAGUCACAGCCAGAGCCACAGCCAGAGUCACAGCCAGAGCCAUAGCCACACGCACCUGCUGCUGCACCUCGUCUUCUCUGCCCGCCAUCCACCCCUGCUGCCGCCACUCCCACCCAGCACCUCUGCCCCCUCCGCUUCCGCAGCACCGCUCUCACUCCCGCCGUCUGUCUCCACCACCCCGCCGCUCCCCACCGUCCUGCCAGCGCUGCUGCCAGCGGUGGCUGCCGUCCUCCUCGUGCGCCCCACCCGGAUGGCACUGGCCGCCUUCUCCUCCUCCACGCUGCUGCUGCCCUCCCCGCCGCGCCCAGAGGGGGAGGAUGGCCACGGCCGUGGGAGCACGGGUGAUGCGCACGACAGUCAGCAGCAGCAGAGGCAGAGGCACUUCACCACGGCGUCCCUCACCAUCGACUGCCCCUCGCCACGCGCCCACCGCACAGCGCCGGCACGCACCUGCUCCCACGAGGCACAGCGCCUGGCACGGCUGGUGCGGGCGGGGCGGUGCCAGGGCGUGGGGGAGCGCGUGCAGAGAGCCAUGCGGGGAGAGGGGGCGGUGGGGAAGGCAGGCAGUGGUGACUCGCCCGUGCUGCUGCGCUGCUCCCUGCACACGCUGCCGCCCGCUGCUGCUGCGUCCACCCGCUCCCCACCUGACCAUGGCGGCACUCCUGCCCUCUCUGACUCGCCUCUCGCUACUUCCUCACACGCUGCUGCCGCCCUGGCUCACGAGCAAUGGCAGGCAGAGUAUGGGCACGAGGAGAGCCGUGUGGGAGGGGCAGCAGCAGGGGUGAGAGGUGCAGGCGAGGGGCAGAUGGGCAGGGUGGGGAAGGGAGAAGCGGAUGGAGGGGAGGAAGGGGGGGAUGGGAUGGUGGGAGAGAUGGUGAAGUCAGUGCUUGGGGGGGCGGCAAUGCACGCAUGGCAGCAGCAGAGCGUGCAUGAGGGCUCUGAUGUGGCUGUCAUGCGCUCCAUCACCCUCACUCUUAGGUUGCUGCUCAUGCCAUGCCUCCCUGCUUCCCAUCACACACAUGCACACACAUGCACUCAAGCCCACUCAAUUACUCACAGCCGUAUUCCCGUUUGUUACUUGUAUCCUGCAAGAACCUGUCACGCUUUAAUUGCCUCCGAUUCCGUUGCCUUUUCUCGCCCUCUUAACUUUCUCUGCUCGCCCUCUCCUCCCAUGCCUGCACGGCCGGCCUGCAGGGAGGAGCAGGGAGCCGCAGCCACGGCUGCCACUGGAGCAACGCCCCCAACACCAUCAGCGGUGGCAGCAGCUGUGGUCCCGGCGGUAGUGCGCAUGCAGGAGGAGCAGCGGCUGCAGUGGGCGGCGCUGGUGGUGGUGUAUGCGCUGGUGACGGUGUGCCUCGCUCUCAUCCUCCGCCUGCAGUUCCGCCGAGGGGCCUUUGCCAUCGCCAUCGCCACCGUUGCUGCCGCUGCUGCUACUGCAGGGGGGGUGUCUGCUGCACGGCCCCACCAGCUGUGCUCGCACUCACCCUAUGGGACCUGCUCGUGCCCUGUGGCAAAGCGCGCUGUGGACCGCUGCCACGUGUAG